AACGUGAGAUUACAUGCUUAAUUUCUAUUUGCAGUAUGAACUGUUAUUACUUACACGAAUAAACGAUAAAUAUUAAAAUAUCUUCGAAAUCUUAUAAAGUGUGCUGAAACUUAACCGCUCUGUUUUGAAGCGUUAGCAACUGCGUUAUGAAUGGCUGCCACUACAACAAAAUAACCAACAGUUGUCAAAUAUUCGUAAUACGUAGAAUUUCUAAGGAUUGUUCCAUACAUACAAUACGACUGCAGUUGAUUAAACUACAUAUAUAUAAAUAAUAUACUUUUCAUUCCUCGAACAUUUUCGAUCAAAUUUAGCAUAAAAAAUCGUAGUUAUCCAACCGAACACGUUUUUCAAUAAGGAAUUUAUAUCUUUCAGAAGAACUAACUUACAUUUCCUUAAACAUGAAUAUUCUUCCAAAGAAAAGGUGGCAUGUACGAACAAAAGAAAAUAUUGCUCGUGUGCGUAAAGAUGAAGCAAAAGCUGCAGAAGAAGAAAGAAUCAAACAAGAAAGGGCUCAAAAAGCAGAAACUGAAGCAAGGAUUAAUUUUCUAAGAGAAGUAGCCAGGUCAAAAUACGAUGGACGAGAAGACUCAUCUAAACUUGAAGAAGCAUCUACUUCCAAAUUGGAACAUGUUAAUUUCUUUGCUGAUCUUGAGGAAGGAAAAAUUGACUAUAAUAAGCCUAAUGCAGAACACGAGAAAGAAAAGAAAGAGGAAAAAGAAAAAUAUGAAAAGCAGAUUGGCUACCUUACCUAUCUUGGACAAGAUACUAAUGAGGCAACAGGUAAAAAAAAUUGGUAUGAGGAGUUGCCUAAAAUAAUUACAGAGAGUGAAAAGCAUAUAGAAGUACAAUCAAAAAAGAAAGUUUUAUAUGAUCCAAUACAUGAUAUUAGAAAAUAUUUGAAUAUUAUGGGAGCUGAUUCUGCAAAGAAGUCAUUGAAAACAGAGUCAAUUCCUAUAAAAAGGGUAAAAGAGGAAUUAGAAGAUAGUGAUUCAGAUCAUAAAAGUAGAUCAUCAAAGAAACAUAAACAUAAAAAAUCUAAAAAACAUAAAAAAGAUAAGCACCACGAUAAAGUAGUAAUUCAAGAAAAACCAAGUAUGGAUAUAGAAAAAUUAAGAGCAGCAAGAUUGUUGAGAGAACAGAGUGAGAAAUUAAGAACAGAAGCAUUGUUGGCUAAAAUAAGAGGAGAUCCGGUACCAGUAGUGGCUCCUGAAACUCCUCCUAAACCUGCUAUCAAACAGAAGUAUAAUUCACAAUUCUUUCCUGAAAUUGCCAGGCAAAAUGCUGAAAGGACUCCUAAUGUACAUUCAUUGAAGAAUUAGUGUAAAGUGUAAGUUGAUCUUUAUUUUAUAAAUGUGUAGUAUUUAAGGCUACUUAAACGUUCAAAGAUUACGAUUAUUAUAAUUAUGUAAGCAUCCACCUGUGUACAGAGUAUUUGUGUUCUCGGUUCAAGUACUGACAAUAAAACAUUGAUGAAUCAGUUUUUAAAUACAAGAUUCCUAAAGUAAUUCUAUCUUAUAAGUACAAUACAAUACACAAAUAAAUCAAUGGUCGAAA